CUUAAACAGUAUCGUGUUUCGUAUGUGCGUCAUUAUUGCUUUCUUGUUUUCUUUUGUAGCCAGAUAAACAUUGUUUCUCGUAUGAUCUCCAUUAUUUUUUCAUCAGUCAAAUAAUGGUAGUGAAGUCGGUAUCUUUGAUCGAGUUAAAAAAACAACAAUGGGCAAAAGAGAAAGAAGAGAUUGUAAAAUUAAAUAGUUAUUGGAAAAAUCAAAACACACCAGUUGUUUUCAAUGAUCAAAGGGAUCAUGUUAUUUAUCCAGGACUACGUUCAAAUGAUAUUGAUCGUCUAGCCAUGUACAAAGAUUUACAAACACAAAAAAAUUUAAGUUUUCCACCAAUUUCUCACGAUAAUCAAAAACAAAACGUACACAGCAAUACCUAUACUAAUAAAAUUGAAAAAGAACUAAGUACUGAUACUGGAGUAAUGGAUGAUUUUAAACCAAAAAGCACUCAUACUAUAUUAAAUCGGACUUAUACAAUAUCAAAAGAAAACAAUACUAAUGAAGGAGUAGGGACACUAGAAAGACAAAAGUGGGAUAAGCAAAAUAAUGCUAGUGGGUUAAAUCCACCAAUCUUUAAUUCAAAUGAGAGAAAAUAUUUAAACAAUGAAAGAAAUGAGACACCGACAUGGGUAGAAUAUCCGCCAGAAAAACCUUUUAUAACUAGCGAAAUUGGAAAAACACAAUUCCAAGAUAUUCAUAAAACUUCAGAUUUUGGAGGUAGCUGUGACACUUUAAAUUCGUUAGAUUCGAACAACGUUUAUAACAGGACUUACUUACUAGGACAAAAUAUUCCGUUGACUGCUGAAGAAUUAGCUGCUAGAGAAGUAAAAAGGCAAAAAGCAAUGGAACUUCAAGAAGCUAUAAAACAACAGUUAAAAGAAAGGCAAUUAAAGAAAAAAGAAGAACUCGAAAAGAAAAAACAGGACGAUUUAGUAGAAGAACGACGUAUACAAAGACAACAAGAAAUUGAAAGAAAACGACUAGAAGAUGAAAUGAAACGACAACGGGAAAAAGAAUUGUGUGAAGAACGAAAAGCAAAAGCAAUGCAAGAAGUUUUAGAAAAUGCUCAAAAACAAGCAAAAGAAGACAAAUCCAAACACAUGCAAAAAAAACGACAUAAUCAGGAUGAAAUCAAAGAACAAAUUUCCACAGAACCUGCAAUAGUAGUUAGUAACUGCAGUGAACCUAAGUCAGAACCAAAAGUUUGCCAAGAACCCAAAACAAAACCAAACCCACCAAAUCCAGUAGAGGUAAAAGAGAUCCCUAAAUUGCCGGACGUCGAUGUGAUACUUCAAACAUCACCAUCUCCAUUAAACCGCCAAAAAUUAUUAACUCCGAGCAAAUUUCGGAGCCAGACUACUAGUGUCGCAAUACAAACGGAAAUUUUAAAGAAACCCGCAAAAUCUUCAGUUAGAAAUGUAGACCAAAAAUCUAUAGAUUUAGGCCAAAGGCCUAAGUGGGGUGUGAAUAGACCAGAAGUACAGUAUAUCAAACAAAGUGCCAAAGAUCCGAAUUACCAGUUGAAAUUAAAACAGAAAUCCCCGUGGACCAAACGAAUAAAUAAUACAAAUUCAACGAAAACCCAAUCAUCAAAUGUAAACGGUCAAACUGGCUUUACGUUUCCGGAUAAUUAUUCAAAAAAGACGUUUUCAUACGGCCGGCCAAAUUUUGCAGAAAUGAAAAACAGCAACAGUGUUUCAGAUAAAACUCCUUCGUUGUCAGAAAGCAUAUCAGUUAGUGAUGUGUUAUACCAAUUAUCGUCGUUACGAAAAGUAUUGGAAACCAAACGAAAACAUUGGAAAAGUGUUAUUGCUGACGAAUCACCGUCAUCAGAUUCUUCAUAGUUAUUAAAUAUUAAAUUUAUGAAUUGUUUAUGUUACCUUUUUGAAGCAACAGAUAACAGUAGAAAGUAUAUAACUGAUUAACCGGAUAAUAUUUAAAUAUUAAAGAAUAUUAAUAAUACUAUUUUUCAUAAAAUGACAGUUAUAAUAUUACGCACUAAAUGACAGUAGCCAUACAUAACUUUUAUAGUCACAUUAAUAAAUUUUAAACAUACCAAACUAGAAAACUUAUUA